UACAUCGUAUAUUGUCAAUACAACAAUUAUUUGAGGAUUGGGAUCCGAACCUACAUAUGUUACAAGGCAGUUAUCGAGGCCUUACCAAUUUCGUUACAGAAAUAAGAGACUGCAAAACUUACGACUUGGAGAAAGAAAGAGUUACGAAAGAAUUGGAAAAAGUUCAAAGUAUUCUUUCCGAACCCAAGAGCAAACCGUAUGAUAGAAUAAAGUCGACGCUUAAACUGUUAUACAUCCAAACGCUUGGAUAUGACAUUUCAAGUUUUGAAAACCACUGUCUUUCUAUGGCAAAAUCUCCCAAUUAUUUGGAGAAAAGGGCUGGAUACUUGACCUUUCCAACGUUUCUGGGAACCGAAACUGCAACCCAGGACAGGAUUAUGCGAAUACUUCAAGCAGAUCUGGUUGCUUCAGAUGCUAACGUAAAACUUUUAGCACUUUCUACACUGAGUAGCCUAUCUCCUUCAGAGACCAAUAGCAAAGCAAUUAUUGACAAUGUCGUACCUUUAUUGAUGCAAAAGUGUUCGAGAGAUUUAUAUCAGCGAGCAAUUAGUUGUUUAUCGUUAUUGUGUUCAACAGAAACAGGUUGGAAGUUUCUAACCAGUCAAGACGCAGCCCACAUGUUGCAAAAGUGUCUUACAGAAAAAGACCCUGGCUUGUUGACUUCCACUGUGUCCUUCUUAUAUAAGCUUAUCUUUGUAGCCAAAGAAGUUGGACAACAAAAUAUAUUUUCAUUUUUGCUGCCAGGGCUUUUUCAAGUUUUAAAUAUUUGGUUGCUGGAUUCCUCGUUUGACUCCUCGAGUUACUCUUAUUAUGAAAUUCCUUGUCCUUUUUUGCUGUCGAAUGUAUGGAAGUUAAUAGGACUUUUCCCGGCAAGUACAAUCAUGGAGUUCAAUAGGCAAUCGAAGAGUUUAAUCAGCAAUCUGUUUUUAAAGUGCUUGAGCUAUAUUCGGAAUGGCGACCAUUCAAACAGACGUAAUGCUUCCUUUUCUAUUUCGUUUGAGGCGUUGAAAGUAGUUUCAAAAUUACCCUUUAGUCGGGAUCUAUUUAUACAUAGUUUAACAUUGAUUAUGAGCCUCAUUUCCGAAGAUGUUCGUCCAACCACAAGAUAUUUUGUUUUGCGAGCUUUGACAGAACUGAGUUUCUUACCAGAAACAUGGACAAACAUUCAAAGAAACUUUAGUAUUUUACUACCAUUUUCACAAAGUCAAGGUGUCGACAAAGAACGGGAAGAACCUUUGUGGUUUCAUUUAAGCGUUGAAUUACUAAGUUCGGUAUGUAAUGCCAACAAUGUUGAACAAGUUCUCGACUACAUCCUGCGCAUUUGUUCGAUGUUUUCACUUUCGGAUUUGCAGCAAAGAUUGGUUAUGGACAAAUGUCUUAGCCUUACUAAGCGUUUCUUGCAGAACGAAGAAAAACUGUUUACUGUAGUUGUAGUCUUAUUGAGUGUAUGUGACGAAGCAAAAACAGGAGAAAUCACAAACCUAUUUUUAACACAACUGCACGGAAGCAAAUCUUUGCAAAGUGAAUCCAUGAAACAGUUCUCUCAGUUGUUGUAUAGUGGAUCGCUAUUGGAACCUGGUCUCUUACGGUUGAUUUUCUUGGUAUUUCCUAUGCAUUCUUAUUUGUUGAUAUCCUCUGGAGCUUGUAAUGCUGUGGAUGUGAUAACUCUGUUAUACAGACAAAUGUGUUAUCACAAGAAACUAUAUAGUCUGCAGAGUUCGUUUUUGAAUUUUUUGAUGAAAUGGAUCGAAUGUCAUCCUGAGGCAGUUGCUACGGCAGUCGAUAUUCUCAAGAAGUACACAACCAGUCAAGAUCUUGAAGUACAGAUUCGAGCAUGUGAAUAUUUAAAAUUUAUCUCAUCUCAACUAAGAAGUUAUGAAUGAUUGGAUAUCAUUUUCACCUUUUUACUGCUCAACUACUGGACCCGUUUCAUUUCGUAUGGCAAAGCUGUUUCAUGUUGAAUAUCACAAUUCAUUCACAAAAGACUAUUCAAAUUUUGCUCACUUUUAUAAAAGAACAUAUAUAUAU